UCACACAUGGGGCUGAGCGUGCGCCUCAUAACGGAGUGUGCAGCAUCCGGAGCCGCCAGCUAGGAGGAGAGAGCAGCCCGAGCGCUGAGCACACACUGGAGGGGAAGCUGCCGCCUGGAUGCAGCCUGCACGACACGUCAGAUCUCCAGCCUUCUCAGUCAGCCCCCAGGAGCUCCUGCACCAGUCUAUGUGCGCUCGAGCUGGGGUCUGGAGGUGAUCGGGAGCUCUGCUGAUCAUCACCUACAUGACUGCACCCUCCAUGGACUGCCGCUCAGCCUGCACCCCAUCCUAUACCAGUACUAUCCUUACAUGCCCUUCUAUAAAACUUUCUUACACUUUGGGAACUUUAGGCAACUUUUAGAAUCUUGCACGGACAACUUGUAUGGAAGCGUUUAGAAACAUUUUUUUUGACAAUUCUUGGAAAACUUUAAAAAACAAACUUUUUUUUUUUUUUUUUAGAAACUUUUUAAAAACUUUACAAACUUUUUGGAAACUUUAAAAACUUUUUUUUUUUCUUUUUUAAAAACAACUUUUAGAAACUUUGGGAAUCUUUAAAAAAAAACUUUUUGGAAAGUUUAAAAACUUCACAAAAUUUAAUUUUUUUUAAAAGACUUUAGAGGAGCCUUAUUUUGCAUUCUGUUGAGUUUACUAUUAUUAUUAUUAUUUUUAUUUGACUUUUGCUGUUGUUGCACGUUGCUGUUAUUGUAAUUAUUUGUAAAUAUAGAUACAUUGUAUCUGUUCGGUGUCCUGUUUGUUGGAUUUGAAGAAUCCAAGUCAAGAUGCACUAUUCUUCUUGUCUCCUGAGCAUGUUCCUCACCCUGGACCUGGCCUUGCUGGCCCUCAGCCUGUCUACCUGCAGUACCCUAGACAUGGACCAGUUUACCCGAAAGCGGAUCGAGGCCAUCAGGGGGCAGAUCCUCAGUAAACUCAAGCUCAAUAGCCCCCCAGAAGAUUACCCGGAGCCUGAGGAGGUGUCUCAGGAUGUCAUUGCCAUCUACAAUAGCACUAGGGACCUGCUGCAGGAGAAAGCCAACCAGAGGGCCAUCGUCUGCGAAAAGGAGAGGACUGACGAGGAGUAUUUUGCCAAGGAAGUUUACAAAAUUGAUUUUCUUCCCCCUCCUUUCACCUCUGAAAGUAAGUGCCCCCACUCAGCCCCCGGACGUGAGCACUGGGCGAAUGCCAUCCACCCAAACUAUUACAAUGCUUACUUCAGAAUCAUCCGAUUCGACGUCUCUGCCAUGGAGAAAAACCUUUCGAAUUUAGUGAAGGCAGAAUUUAGAGUGUUUCGUUUACAGAAUCUGAGAGCGCGAGUAUCGGAGCAACGGAUAGAACUAUAUCAGAUUCUCAAAUCCAAAGACUUUACGUCCCCGAUGCAGCGCUACAUAGACAGUAAAGUAGUGAAGACGAAAGCGGAGGGGGAGUGGUUGUCAUUCGACGUGACAGAAGCGAUAAAGGAAUGGCUCCGUCACAGAGAUCGUAAUCUUGGAUUUAAAAUAAGUUUACAUUGUCCUUGUUGCACCUUCGUACCCUCCAAUAACUAUAUCAUCCCGAAUAAAAGUGAGGAGCUAGAGACUCGAUUUGCAGGUAUUGAUGACUCCUUAUAUGCUGUGGUGGACCAUAAAAUUGGGAAGCCUGGUCAGAAAAAACAAAACAGCCACACCCCUCAUCUACUGCUGAUGCUGCUACCGUCAUACAGACAAGAGUCCCAGCAGUCAAACCGGCGGAGAAAACGGGCAUUAGAUGCUGCGUAUUGUUUCAGAAAUGUCCAGGACAACUGUUGUCUACGUUCUUUGUAUAUCGACUUCAAGAAGGAUCUUGGAUGGAAAUGGAUACACGAGCCCAAAGGAUAUAAUGCAAACUUUUGUGCUGGCGCUUGCCCCUAUUUAUGGAGCUCGGACACACAGCACUCUCGGGUGCUUGGUCUGUACAACACCAUCAACCCAGAAGCAUCAGCCUCUCCAUGUUGCGUAUCUCAAGAUUUAGAAUCUCUCACCAUCUUGUACUAUGUCGGAAAGACACCGAAAAUUGAACAGCUUUCAAAUAUGAUCGUGAAGUCAUGUAAAUGUGGCUAACCUUUACCAGAACGGCAAGUGUUUUUUUAGUGGGAUAAAACAGAAAAAAAGUAACUUUUUCGAAGGAGAAAAAGCAAAAAUAGGCCUUGUUUGAUCAGUGUUAUAUUCUUAAUAAAAAGGAAGACAAAAACGGUACUAGCGUGAACUUUUUGGAAAGUUUAUUUUUUAAUAACUGGCAGAAACUAUACAUCACCGAAGGCUUUAUCCAGAGAUGUUAAUAAAACUUGGAGUGGAACAUUACUCCCUCUCCCAUGCUAUGAUGUUCCUGGUGUUACAGUAAAAGAUUUGGGCCAAUUUCUUCAGUCUCGAUGCCUGCCAGGAUCUACCCAGGUCUCCUGAAAUUCAUUUUGUUGACACAUCAUUUUUCCUCUCUGGUACUCUGUUGAAUACAUCACGAGAUUCUCUGGUUUUCCUCCCAUGCCUGUGUUGUAACCAGCUUUGAAAGGCCCACUUUAAAAAAAAAAUAAAAUGUAUGUUUUUUUUUUUUUUGUAUUUGUAGUUGACAACGCUAUAAAAUAAAAUAAAAAAAGGUAUAAAAAAAAAGUAGAUGUGUAUAAACAUAGGAGAUUUGCCUCACCGUAGAGUUUCCGACUUAUUAACAGGAUGGAAUGUCUCAAUUGUUUCUGAGCAUCUUUUGAAGAUCAUAAAAAAAAUAUUAAUAUAAAAGAAUAAACACUGGAAUAAUGUGUUAGCGAUAUUAUGUGAAGAAAAAAAAGAAAAUAGUGGAAAAAAAAAAUCUCAUUUAGUGGAGUUGUAUCUGUCCCCGGAAAUACUCAGAUUCCUUUUUUGUUUUCUCCACAACAAACAUGUCUACACGUUGGUUAGUUUUCCAACUUUUUUUGCUCUUUUUGAACGUUUUGUCGUCAUUAUGUGAGGCUAGUCACUGUUCCCUUGGUAAAUGAUGAUUACCUGUAAAAACCUGGGUAAGAUAUAACAAAUAAGAAACAAAUAGCCUUAGUCGACCGAGAAAAGAUUUUGGAUACAUGUUGUUAUCUUGACUUGGAAAUGACAGACUCUGACUGAUUGCUAUGGGCAUAACCACUGUUCUUCUGUGCAUUCUUUUUUUUUUUUACUAUUUUUAUUCCCCUUCUUCAUCUUCAUGGUGGUAAAUUUUAUAUUGUUCAAAUUUCUUCUAUAAUUGGUUCUGCCAAAACAAUAGCCAACAUAUUCAAUAGUUCUGUGUUUUUGGCUUUUUCUGAGCCACGAUCAGUUAACUUGAAUGUAGACCUAGAAGCUCCUGAAGGCCCUGAAGGUUGGACCAGCUUUGACCAUUUUAAGUCAUCAUUUGGGGCAUUCUCUUUUAAUAUUCUUCUAAUACUACAUAGUGAGCCCAGUAAAUGGGUUCAUGACCGUAAAGUAGAAUUUCCCAGUUCUUAUCAUGAACUGAAAAUCCAGAGUAGGCCUGUUUUUGGUCCACACUCGUAUUAGCACGGCACCUAUGUACAAUUGUAUGACUUGCCCAUAGCAACCAUUCUGAAUCUUUCCACUGUUAUUUUUCUGAUAAGGUAUUAAAUAUUAUAGAUCUACUUGUUUUCCCCACUCUUUUUUCUUACCUCAGCCCUCCUUGACCAUGUCUACGGCUAAUCCCGUACCCAACCAAAAAUUAGUUGUUGACCACGUCCUAUCCUGAAAUCUCAGUCUGAGGCAUUUAUAUGAAUGAAUUAUUGUAAAUUUCAUUUAUUAAACCAGUGAAAUAUUUAAUAAUUGCCGGUCUAAUCAACAGACCUUACUAUGAUGCUGUAUAGCACUGCUAUAUGUUUUUGUACCAAUAGUAUUACUAUGGAGGGGGGUGGGGGCGCCGUGGAGCCAACAUUAUUUGGAAACUAUUUUGUAGAUCUCUGUUGUAAACAUUGAAAACCGAUAAUUAUGUUCGUCAUGUGUAAAAUGUACAAUCAUACCGUAUUUUUUAUACUCUGUACAAAUUGUCAGCUAUAGCGAUUUUUCAUUUAUAGUUAGGGCUCUUUUAUUGAUUGCUCGGAAAUUGAUGAUUUUCUGUGUAGCUGGCCAGUAUGAGCUGAGUCCUGUACAUUGACUUGCACUAGAAUACAUAUUUUAUGAUACUACAUCUUGCUCAUAAUUAUGCCACAAGCUACCUGUUCUCUUUGUUUUCAUUUUGUUCUGCAGGUUUCCAAACCGAACAAAAAGUUUAGUUUUUUUUUUUUGCAGUAAUGGAUUUGAGAUUUAUUGGGAAUUACACUGUAUUUCACAGAUUCAGAUCAUUUAGAAAAACUAUUUGGCACAUAUAAAAUUUUAAUUCACACCCCAGUCUGACAAACUGAAAUAAAAUAAUUCAUCGAGUUCUAGGGGCUCCUCAAUAUUGGGCUCAUAUGAUCCUAACUGGAAAGGGUUGGCUUAUUUAAUGUAAAGCAAGUAAAAAAAAUGUUCUACCAACCCGAGAAAAUAUUUAUUUCUUGCCAAAAUCAAAUUUGAUAGAAUUUCUGGGACGAGCCAAUAAGCAGCUGGUCUUGUAACCCCUGCAGUUACACUGAUCAAGUCAAGGGUUUGGUCUACCGUCGAUGAUUCUUGAGGUUAGAGGAAAACCAAAUAAAAACAUCUCAGCUUUUUGGUAGGUCUCCAGUUCAGUAUAUCGACAAUAACUCUAGAAGUAGAGCUUCUGGAACUUGCUUAAUGCGGGUUGGUCUGCCAUCUUGGUCAGAAUGGUGGUAGACCAUCAAAGUGGUCUACAUCGGACUUUUUAGUCAGCUUUGUCCCAAAGAAUAGAGUGAAAUCAUUAUAUAUUAAUUCACACUUUCUAAUUUGGUCUACUAAAUUCAUUAAGUGUUAUGUCCCAUACUUAGUUCAACCUCUGAGGAGUAUGUAGCUAUGAUAUGGCACUCAUAGACUUCUCUUGGGCCGCACUGUACCUGUGAACCAUUAACUGGACACUUUUAAUAUGUCGUAGAGACAUAUGAAAUGUUUUGAUUGGCCAAUCACAAGCCUGUCUAGCACUUUUUCUCCCAGCUCUGUGCUACGUGAACUGGAUGGACUCAUAAUGUAAGUCUAUGAAAUCGGGCCUCCUAGACCCAGACCAGGGAGAGAAGAAGCACAUGGCCACGUGUUUGUUUUCCUUCUCGUCAUAGGUCGGCCCCAACCGAUAAAAACUUUUUCUGUUCACAGGUACUGUUUAAAUACUAUAUAACAAAACUAUUCUCCCAUUGAAAUAUCACAGAGGCUCCAAAAAACUGAGAGUUACUAUAGGCUAUAUACUAUGGAGCUACACAGGGUUAGUAUGUACCUUGUGUAUGUGGCCUAAAAUGUAAUAUUCUGGGGUCCUUAUAUGUCUGUUUUUUACAUGUAUAAUCAGUCAUCACCUAACCGAGAAACUAAAUUCUCGAAAUAAAUCAUUUUUCGAUUAAAUAAAAAUAAAAAAUGUUAUUUUUAUUUUGCGAUUUUUUUUUUAUUUUCAGUUUUAAAUUUCAAAAAGUGUAUAUCUUAAACCAAAUUUCUAAUUUUGUCUCCAUUUUUUAAACACAAUGUAUAAACUUAAUCUAUGCAGCUAACGCCCAAUAAUUCUCAACAUUACUGAAACGUCUGUCGAUGCGUCAGCUCAUGAUAGUACGCAAAGUACGCUCUACAACCUACAGUAUGCUUCCAAACAAGCAAACAAAAAUAACUUUUGUCUUCAGAACUAUGUAAAUAGUUAUAAAUAUGAGCAGGAACAACAUGUAAGUGAUUUUAUUUUAUUGUCUUUUAUUGUUUUUUAUUUUACAAUUUCUUUUUGUUUUGUUUUUUUUUGCUAGGAAAAUGCAGUGAAUAUGCCAUAUUCCAAUACUUUCAGUGUAAAAUAUUUUAUAAAGGGCCGAGAAGCACCCUAUAUACAUAACAACAACCUAUAAAAGGUGUAUUUAAUUUUUUUAUUUUUUUUUUACCAUGAACUUAGAAGAAAAAAAUAAAUAUAUUAUUGACUCCAUCAUUCUUAGAACUUUCGUUUGACUUCCGCUUUCCAGGAAAUACGCCAAGUUUUCAGUAAAGCAAUUUUGAAGGGGGUUGAGAUGAUUAAAGAGAGAAGCAAAUGAGUAAUGGUUACUGGUGGUAUUUCGGAUAGCAAAGGCUUCUUUAUUUUGCAUGUCAAAACCAUUACCCUGCGGUGGAUGCAAUUAAAUGUGAGUGAAAUGGAUUUCUUCAACAGUGUAUUGUUUGGUAAUUUUUUUUUUUUUUUUUUAACUCUGCCACUUCUGAAAUUUUUUUUUGUGUUUCCAAUUGAAUUGGGUUUAGUUUUUCUUUAUAAUGUAUUGUUUAAUUAAAAAAAAAGUUAAAAAAAAAAUUUUGGUAAAAGGAAAACUGAAGUUCAAUGUUGGGCGUUUCAUACAACAAUACACCUGUAUAGACCGUGUAAGAGAAAAUAAAUAUACAACCAGUUCAACUGUAUUUUUGACUUAUUAUUAUGUAUUUUAACACAUUGUAUGUUUGUUUUCGUGGUGCUGUAGUGGUAAAUAAAUUAUUUCA